AGCUGAAGGACCUGAACAGCUCCAUGACAACACCUGAGAUGACCAGAGAGAUCACGGAGCUGAGGAAGGACUGCGCGAGUUAUGCAGAGAAGCUGGAGAGAAUCAAGUCUGCCACCAACCACGUUCACCCACCUCACCGUUUGCAGGUCUGCAGCGAGCAAAAGCUGUACUGCAAGGAGUGGCGCAGGAGGAAGCGAAUGGCAACCGAGCUGCUGGAUGCCAUCCUGGAGGGGUACCCCAAAAGCAAGAAAGAAUUUUUUGAGGAGGUCGGGAUAGAGACGGACGAUCACGCUGCCGGCGGCCCCCUGAGCUCAGCAGCAGAGCCCUGA